AUGGGACUUACUGCAACUAGUGAACUCGAAGAAUUUCUUGGGAUCGACAAGAUUGGUCUUCAACCGAAGUACUGCAAAUGCGAAGCUGAACGUGAGAAUCAACACGCCAAUGAGAACACGAAGCAAAGUUUGACCCAGCUAGAAGACGGAACGUACCAAGUUUCCCUACCGUGGAGGAAAUUGCCAACCGGUCUACCAAACAACUACGACUACGACUACGCUGUGAAACGCUUUUUAAACCUAAAGAAGCAGCUUAAAAAGAAACCACGAGAAUGGGUAGUCUAUGCAAAACAGAUGGAGGACCAGUUGAAACGAGGAGUAGCACGCCGUGUACCCGCAGCUGAAUUUGAACAGGAUAUGAAAGACGGUCAUGGAAUGUGGUUUCUUCCGCACUUCGCUGAGGACUCAGUAACCACACCUGUCCGUGUUGUUUAUGUCAGUAAAGCUAGAUACCUAGGACACUCGCUAAAUGACUAUCUAGCAAAGGGUGACGUAGUUAGCCCAAGUAUAUUCGACAUUGGAUUGCGCUUUCGCGAAUAUGAAGUAGGUGUCGUCGCUGACAUCUCUAAGAUGUUCCAAGCAGUAGAGCUAAACAAAGAGGACGCACGCUAUCACCGAUACGUUUACCGCGCGAACCCAGGAGAACUCAUUACCGUUUAUGAACUCACAACCGUAACAUUUGGAGAUAAGUCUUCACCCGCCGCCGCAGUCCUGGCAUUACGUCAUGUCGCUCAGGAGCAUGCAUCUGAAAAUCCUGAGAUUCAACGUGUCAUCACCGAUCAAUUCUACAUGGAUGAUUUAAAUGACUCUCAGAGAGCAGAGGACAGUGUUCAACAGUUAAAGGCCGAUCUUACCGGUACCCUAGGGAAGGGUAAACUCAACAUCCGCAAGUGGCUGUCGAAUAAGCCAACUGUAUGUGAUCCGGAAUACAUCCCAAGCAACGGAGAAACGACCGUUCUCGGAACCACUUGGAAUAUCGAAAAGGACACAUUAAGCGUCAAGAAGGUCGAGAGCAAAGAUAUUUUCCCAACUAAACGUAAAAUACUCUCCAAAACUGCAUCGUACUAUGAUGUCUUUGGCAUGUUGUCAGGCAUCAUCGUUCGGCCAAAGAUGUUACUGCAGAAAAUGUGGCGCUUCGAUCUCGGUUGGGACACUCCGAUAAGCCCCGAAAGUGACCUGUUUACCGAACUGAAAGCUCUCUGA